GGUGUCUUUUACUUCUGUACGAUUUUGUUGUGGAGUGAAGACUUUCUGCAGGUUUUGCUGUUCAUAUUUAGACGUGUUCGUUCAUAAAUGGAUUGCGAAAGAGCCUUGGGGGAACAUAAAGCAAACACGCUUGAUUUCAAAGCACCCAAUCAGGAUAUAUCCCUGUACGGGAUACCUGGUGCGUUUUCAGGGCGGGUCUGGCCAAUGUCUGGAUGGCAAAUGUUGAGAGACAACAACAAUAGCGAAUGAAAGCGCGUUCGCAGUGGUUGAGGGGUUUCUUGCAUCUGCAAGCCAUCUCCUCAUGGGGUCUUUCGCUCACUUUGCUGGAGCGAGUCCUAACCUGCGAGCCUGUGCAACCAUGGAUGCGCGUAAUAAGAAGACGGUCGAUAGCUUUAUGAACAGUGAUGAAGAACACGACAAGACGAAAGAAUGGGAAGAUUUAUCCGACGAGGAGAGCGUGGCUUCUAGCGACUCUGCGGUAGAGAAGAUGUCCAUCGAUGAUCUCGGAACACUUCUGGAUGAGUUCACAGAUGUCUCUGGUGAUGAUGACUGGUAUCCAGAGGUCAGUCCACGAAAGAAGAAGAGAUCCGGACUGUCUUCCGCAUCGCCAUCUCCAGCAAAGUCUUGCAGGUCUGGUUCGGCUGCCCCUGUGCAAAGUAGCAAAAGCAAACGUAGGAGAAGCAGUGCAAGUCGAUCCCUAUCUUUUUCCUUAAGCGUCUCAGAUAAGAAAUGGAAAAGCUCAGAUGAGCCUGAUGUUGAACCGACACAGCCAAUAUUCAGACCUAGAGAAACACCUGGCCCACAGCUGGUCUCCAGUGCAUCGUGCAGUCCUCUGCAGUAUUUCGAGUUGUUCUUUUCCAAAUCGGUCCUGCGCACAAUUUUAGCGAACUCGAAUGCAUACGGGGCAAUGCGUCAGGAAGGAACGAAGAAACCAUGGGAGGACAUUUCAAUUAAAGACCUGAAGUCGUUCAUGGCACUGGUGAUUUACAUGGGUUUGCUGAAAUGCUUCCAACUGACAGAUUAUUGGAGGAAGUCUUCGAUAUAUAACCUUCCCUAUCCUUCCCAAAUCAUGUCUAGCAGGAAGUUUAUGACCAUCAGUAAAGCCCUCCAUAUUAGUGAUCCCGAAGUGGACGCAGAGAACGACAAGAAAAGAGGAACACCUGAAUAUGACCGCUUGUGUAAGAUCAAACCGCUGUACCAGGACAUUAGGGACGCCUGCAGAGCUUCUUUUCAUCCCUUUCAGAACAUCUCCAUUGAUGAACGAAUGGUGGCAUCGAAGGCUAGAAAUGGACUCAAACAGUACAUGAAGAACAAACCUACGAAAUGGGGCUACAAGCUUUUUGUUUUGGCAGAUUCCAUCUGUGGCUACACGUGGGACUUCUUCAUUUAUGAAGGGAAGGCCAAUUCGGAGGAGAGCAAAGGCGUUAGUUAUGAUUCUGUCAUGAUUCUUGCAAAUGAAAGAUUGCUGGGAAGCGGCUACAAGCUGUUUGUUGACAACUUUUACACCAGUCCCAAACUCUUCAGAGAUCUGCUCCGGAAAAAGAUCUGGGCUUGUGGCACAGUUCGCGCGAACCGCAUUGGCCACUUGAAGAAACAGGCUCCUCGUGGCAAUAUUCGCUGGUUUAGGGAAGACGAUCUUCUGUUUGUUGAGUGGAAGGACAAGAGGGAUGUGCUGAUGUGCUCCACCUUUCACAAAGCCUUUAAUGGGGACACAAUUAAGAGGAAUGUCAAAGGAGCCAAUGGAGUUUGGGCCAUUCAGGAUUUCCCCGUUCCAGCCGCAGUGCUGGACUACAACAAGCACAUGGGAGGAGUGGAUCUGUCUGAUGCACUUAUUUCAUUUUACACCGUUUUACAUAAAACAAGAAGGUGGUACCGGUCCUUUUUUUACCACUUUGUCGACAUCGCCAUAGUCAAUGCCUUCAUUUUGCACAAGCAGAUAGCCAAGAUGAAGAACCAGAAGCCUCUGACCCAGAAAGCCUUUCGGGAGGCGCUUGUUACCGAGCUUGCGGGAACAGGAUCAGUGUCGGGCCCUGCACAAAUCCGCCCGACUCUUACCCCUUACUCCCAUUUGCCCAAGUACAUCAGUGGGGACAGCAGCAUUGGAAGGCGAAAGUGCAAAAUUUGCCACAACAAAACUCCAGUCAUGUGUGUGACUUGUGAUGUGGCGCUUUGCUUCGUUCCCAAGCGUGAUUGUUUCACUAGCUGGCAUUACCCAGACAGCAGCAGUGACAGUGAGGCAGAGUAAAGUCUAGUCUGCGCUAGUUCCGAAACGAGACGCAAGAAAAACAACACUGGAGGAUAAAAGCAGCAUAGUAAUGUGAAUGGAAUGUGAUGAGAGAGGAAAACGAUUGCAGAAUAACACAGUCGGUCUGCAAAAUUAAACGCGUAGUACAGCGCAACUAGCCAGUUAGAAUCUAUUUUCUGGCAAGGUUGUAAGUCUUAAAGGAAAGGUUUACCAAAAAAAUUGUUUACUUAGCUUCAAGUAGUUCCAAACCUGUAUGAAUUUCUUUGUUCUGCUGAACACAGAGGAAGAUAUUUUGAAGUUUUGGGUCACCAUCGACGUCCAUAGUAGGAAAACAAAUACUAUGGAAGUCAAUGGUGACCCUAAAAGCCUGGUUGAAAUAUUGCUUUAAGCCAUUGUAGUUACUAAAACGUGUUAAUAUUUUAUAAAAUCCACAAAAAGUAAUGAUUUCAGUAAUACAAUCGCUAACAAAUCAAGUCCGUUAAAUCGUAAAUGAAUUGUUAAUUUCUUUUAUAAUUCUUAUCACUUCUUGUUCAUGUGUGUGUACCUUCUCCUAAUACUGUAUUUCAUGCGAAAUAUUCCUGCUUUAUUCAUGCAAUAUUAUGCCAAUAAUCUUGUAAAUCUUAGUCUUAGAUUAAUUUUAUAUUCAUAUAAGACCUGUUGUAAAUAGAGCGCAUUCCUGCUUAUAUUUCUUUAUCGCUGUUUAUUCUAUGAUAAAUGAAGGAAGGAUAGGAAAGGUUAGUGACUCCAUAUCAGAAGAGAUGUUCAUCGAUGGACUUGAUCCCCUCCUUAAUCGCCGACUCAGCCAAACUUCCGACGUGUCCAAACACCUGGUUCGCAGAAUUUUGAACGGUUCUUUUCAAAAUGAAUCCCGCAGACAGCCGUACAGUACGUGCCUAGAUGCCAGGAAGGAAAGAAGAAGCUGUGCCAUUUUUACCUUUCCUGUCACUGGUGAUCUACAUGGAUCUGCUGAGUCGGACUAUUGGAGGAUUUCACACAUCUACAGACUACUUUAUGACCACUUGUGACGCAGUCAACAAAAAUAGUGGUACAAACAUUUAUUGCUACCUAAUUGUUUUAUUUCAUCUUCAAAACUUCUUGCGCGUCUAAUCCCGUUUGUAAAUGCUUCCUUGCUAAUGAAGGUUGCUUGAUUCGUUGAAGGUAAGUGGACUGUUGUAAUUGAUUUUGGUAACGCAGAAGCUGGCGUCCAUGUUAACUGACUUGCUUGUUAAUUGACUUGUUGCCACAAGCUAAAUUUGAGUUAGCCAAGGGUGCUUGAGGCAUGAUUUUUACGCAGCAGCAGUGGUUUGGCAUUCAUUGCUUGUUUGUUUUGU